CUGGAGUCAGUAGGCCUUGCUGUUUGUGUUGUGCUGCAUGCGGGGUGCAUUAUAAAUGCAGCCAGCCAGCGGGCCCCUGGCCUCAGAACCUAGGAACACACCGGUCCCUGAGAGUCUGUGCAAGCCUCACCGAGAUGAAGCUGCCAGACCAGGAGGAGUUUGAAGUCUCCAGUGCUUGUGAAAAUAUACCCACAGGAGAGCUGGACAGUGGCCCUGGCUCUGGCCCCAGCCCUGACGGCCCCUUAGACACAAACAGAAGGGAACAGGGGGUACCCAAGGACCCUCUGCCUUUCAUUCAGCUGAAUGAGCUGCUGGGCUGGCCCCAGGCACUGGAGUGCAGAGAGGCAGGCAGCUCUCCUGUGUCCCCACUCCUGAACCUGGGAGAGAUGCCCUCAGUAACACUGUCUGCCCCUCUUCACCACAGGUGGGUGCUGUUUGCGGAGAAGUUGGAAGUGGGUGCAGGCAGGUGGAGCGCCCCCGUGCCCACCGUCGCACCGCCCAGCCUCCAGAAGCUCUGCAGCCUGAUGGCCAAGGGCCUUGUCCUGCUGGACUGUCCAGCUCAGAGCCUCCUGGAGCUCGCGGAGCAGGUGACCAAAGCGGAGUCGCUGAGCCCAGAGCUGAGAGGGCAGCAGAGACCCCCACACCUCAUCCAGACCACAGGCACCAGCCCCUGCUGAGGAUCUGCUCUUCCAAGAGAGGCUUCUUACGAGGAGGAAGCCCCCCUGAAGGGACAGUAUCAGAACCCUCUGAGACAGAAGCUCCCACCAGGGGCUGAAGCAGGGGCUGUGCUGGCAGGAGAGCUCGGCUUCCUGGAACAGCCAGUGGGGGUCUUUGUGCGACUGUGGGAUCCAGUGGUUCUGGGGCCCCUUACUGAGGUGCCCCUCCCCAGCAGGUUUUUCUGCCUUCUCCUUGGCCCUCCCACACAGGGAAGGGGCCACCAUGAGAUGGGCCAGGCAGUGGCCAUCCUCCUCAGUGACCCGCAAUUCCAGUGGUCAGUUCGGUGGGCCACCAACUUUCAUGACCUUCUGGCAGCCCUGGAUGCUUUCCUAGAGGAGGUGACAGUGCUCCCUCUAGGUCGAUGGGACCCAACAGCUCAGAUUACCCCGCCUAAAUGUCUGCCUUCUGAGGCAAAAAGGCUCCCCUCGCAACUGUGGGAGCCCAAGAGUCCCUCUGCCCGGCGAAGGACCCCGGCUGAGGACAGGCACGGCCGCGGGCCGCACGGCCACCCGGAGUUGCGGCGGACUGGCAGGGGUGGAGAGCUGGGGCUCCUUGUCCAGGACGUGCGCCAGAAGGCCUCGUGGUACCCCAAAGACUUCUUGGACGCCCUGCACCCCCAGUGCUUCUCGGCCGUGCUCUACAUUUACCUGGUUACCGUCACUAACGCCAUCACUUUCGGGGGUCUGCUGGGAGAAGCCACCGACGGUGCUCAGGGGGUGCUGGAAAGCUUCCUGGGCACGGCACUGACUGGAGCUGCCUUCUGCCUGAUGGCCAGCCAGCCCCUCACCAUCCUCAGCAGCACCGGGCCAGUGCUAGUCUUUGAACACCUGCUCUUCUCCUUCAGCAGAGAUCACAGCCUGGACUACCUGCCCUUCUGCCUGUGGGUGGGCAUCUGGGUGGCCACCUUCUGCCUGGUGCUGGUGGCCACGGAGGCCAGCGUGCUGGUGCGCUACUUUACCCACUUCACCGAGGAAGGCUUCUGUGCUCUUAUCAGCCUCGUCUUCAUUUAUGAUGCCAUGGGCAAAAUGCUGACCUUGACCCAUGCCUAUCCCAUCCAGAGACCUGGCUCUCCUGCCUAUGGCUGCCAGUACACAGACCCAGGAGGAAAUGAGUCUCAGUGGACAAGCACAAAGCCAAAAGACAGAGAUGACAUCUUCAGCGUGGACCUAGGCCUGGUCAAUGCAUCCUUGCUGUCCCCACCUGAGUGUGCCCGGCAGGGAGGCCGUCCUCAUGGGCCUGGCUGUCAUACAGUCCCAGACAUUGCCUUCUUCUCCAUUCUCUUCUUCGUUACUUCCUUCCUCUUUGCCAUGGCCCUCAAGCACGUAAAGACCAGCUGCUUCUUCCCCUCCAUGGUGUGCAAGAUGCUGGGUGACUUCUUCUCAGUCCUGGCCAUCCUGCUGGGCUGUGGCCUCGAUGCCUUCCUGGGCCUACCCACGCCGAAGCUCACGGUGCCCAGAGAGUUCAAGCCCACACUCCCUGGACAUGGCUGGCUAGUGUUACCUUUUGGAGCCAACCCCUGGUGGCUGAGUGUGGCAGCCGCCCUGCCUGCCCUGCUAUUGUCUAUCCUCAUCUUCAUGGACCAGCAGAUCACAGGGGUCAUCCUCAACUGCACCGAAUAUAGACUGCGGAAGGGAGCUGGCUUCCACCUGGACCUCCUCUGUGUGUCCGUGCUGAUGCUGCUGACAUCAGCUCUUGGGCUGCCCUGGUAUGUCUCAGCCACUGUCAUCUUCCUGGCCCACAUGGACAGUCUUUGGAGAGAGAGCAGGGCCUGUGUCCCAGGGGAGGCUCCCAGCUUCCUGGGCAUCAGGUGAGAGCAGAGGCCGACGGGCCUGGCGGUGUUCAUCCUCACAAGAAUCUCCAUCUUCCUGGCACCUAUACUCAAAUUCAUCCCAAUGCCUCUGCUCUAUGGCAUCUUCCUAUACAUGGGGGUGACAGCAAUUAGCAGCAUCCAGUUCACAAAGAGGGUGCAGCUAUUAUUGAUGCCAGCAAAGCACCAGCCGGACCUUCUGCUCUUGCGGCAUGUGCCUCUGAGGAGGGUCCACUUCUUCACAGCCAUCCAACUUGCCUGCCUGGGUCUGCUUUGGAUAAUCAAGUCUACCCCUGCAGCCAUCAUCUUCCUCCUCAUGUUGCUAGACCUGGUGGGGGUCCGAAAAGCAUUGGAGUGGGUCUUCUCACCACAGGCACUCCUCUGGCUGGAUGAGCCGAUGCCAGAGGAGAGAAGCAUCACUGAGAAGGGGCUGGAGCCAGAGUACUCAUUCAGUGGAAGUGACAAUGAAGAUUCAGAGCUGAUGUAUCAGCCAUAGGCUCCGGAAAUCAACAUCUCUGUGAAUUAG